AACUAUUCAACAUUUAACAUUUGGUCACAUAAUCAUCGCCUUAUAAAGUUUCUAUCCAUCAGGAAUAUUAGCAUCCAUUCAAACUUUUAUCCGUUACUUCGUUCGUUGCUAUAGUACUGCUAGUCGUAGACGACCAAAUCCCCCUCCAUGGCUUCAAUUACCAAAAGGCUUGAAGGAAAAGUAGCAAUAAUCACAGGUGGAGCUAGUGGCAUCGGUGCUGCUACCGCUAAACUAUUCGCUCAACACGGUGCUAAAGUAAUCAUUGCAGAUGUGCAAGACGAUUUAGGAAACUUGCUUUGCAAAAGCCUUGGCACAAACACCACCAUUCUCUACGUUCACUGCGAUGUAACACGUGACUCAGAUGUCAAAAACGUGGUUGAUAUUGCAGUGUCCAAAUACGGCAAACUUGACAUCAUGUACAACAACGCUGGCAUAGCUGGAGACUCAAAUCGAUCAAUACUUGCUUCCGACAACGAAACAUUCAAAAGGGUUUUCGAAGUUAACGUUUAUGGAGCUUUCUUGGGUGCCAAGCAUGCUGCAAAGUUCAUGAUCCCGGCAAAAAGAGGGGUCAUUCUUUUUACUUCAAGUGUUGCUUCAAUACUUGGUGGCGAAACAACACACGCUUACACGGUGUCAAAGCACGCAGUGUUGGGGCUUAUGAAGAAUUUAUGCGUGGAAAUGGGGCAGUAUGGGAUUAGAGUAAAUUGCAUUUGCCCUGGUGGCAUUCCCACUCCAAUGCUAAACAACGCAUUGAAGAUGAACAAGAAGGAAACACAGGAAAUGUUAUCUUCCGUUGCAGUGUUAAAAGGUGCAGUUCUUGAGGUUGAGGACAUAGCAAGUGCAGCGCUUUAUUUGAGUAGCGACGAGGCCAAGUACGUUAAUGGAGUCAACUUUGUAUUGGACGGAGGUUAUAGCACCACCAAUUUGUCAUUCACUUCUGCACUGAAUGGUCUCAAGAUGAAUAACCACACCGCCAACCACAUUGAUCAGUAUUAGUAAUACAG